CUUCCGAGGAAUUCUUUCGUCAGCUGUGGAUGUGAGACCUUAUAUAUUUUGACGUCAGAGUGUCUUGAUGUCAUUGUGUCUUGAUGUCUUGAGGUGUUGAAAGGAAGAACUGACUGUGAAGAACCAGAUAGUUUUAGUUUAAAGACUGAAGUGGAAUUUGGGAUAAUAACAUAACGGAAUAGCUUGAUAAAAGGCAGUAUGAAAGAAACUGGCUGGUUAACAUCUUUGCUGCUGCUGUUCCUGUGUUCAGGGCCAGCAGUAGUAGUAGCUGCAUGGGGACAAAGCAGUGACAGUGUCCUCCUGAAGGAUGUGGAAGUGCUGACCUUGUAUGCGGGAAAAAUGACGAAUGGCCGACGGUCUUCACCAGUCCCACAGCUGGAGUGUGUUAGAGGUGGAACAGCUCCAUGUGAUGCUUUCAAUCCUCGAGUUGUCCAGUGUUAUAACCGAGGCUUUGAUGGAGUAGAUGUACAAUGGGAAUGCAAGACUGAUAUGGAUAAUGCUUUCAGGUUUGGUAAUAUUGAAGUGUCCUGUGAAGGCUACAGCAACAGAGAUGAUCCUUUUGUCUUGAAAGGUUCCUGCGGAUUGAGAUACUCCCUUGAUUACACCAAAGAGGGACUUAAUAACCAAGGAAACAAACAUAAUUAUUAUCCAAAUCAGAAUCAGCACAGUGGCAGCAGUUAUGGUUGGGCUUAUCAGAACCAAGGAAAGGAAAAACUCUCUAGUGCAAGUUACUUCGCAGACUUGAUUGUGUAUGUAGCCAUUGGACUUAUGCUUUAUGCAUUUUACAAGACGUGCAUUGGAUCCAACCGUCAGCAAGGACAAGAUGCCUACAGCACAACAAAUGAUGAUUAUCCUGCAGGAGGUGGAGGUGGAGGAUAUGGUUGGUUUGGUGGAAAUACCCACCCCACAGCUCCACCUCCUCCUGCUGGCUUUAACCCAGGGUACACUGACGAUGCCUCAUGUCAUAGGAACCGAACAGCUCGUGGAGGUAAUGGUGGAGGCUUUUGGACAGGUGCUGUUACAGGUGGAUUACUUGGCUACAUGUUUGGUAAUCGAGGCGGUCAACAGAAUCAGGGGUACAGGAGUCAUUAUGGAGGGGGAGGAUGGGGUGGUGGUGGCAGUGGCUUUUCUGGUGGAAGUGGUUUUUCUGGUGGGUUUGGGGGUGGUGGCUCCACUGGCACCCGAACGGCCUCAGGCUUUGGUGGAACAAGCCGUAGGUAGAUAUGGCCUUUUGUGUUCAUGUGACAUAUUUUGUUUUUCAUGUUUAUAUUGGGUAGAUUUAGAAUGUUAUAUUGCCUCUCAGAUUUAAUUAGAUCAAAAAUAUGUUGGAUCAUUUAAUGUAGGUAUCAGAUUUUUAUGUUGGUGUUCAUUCUAUUGUAAUACUUGACAUUUUUAUACAAUUAACGCACAUGUGUGCAUUAUGUAUAAAUAUAUACAAAGCAAUUAGUAACACCAUUUAACAUGUUUUGUAGUCUUGAAUGACCAAAAAAAAGGAAACUAACGAAAGUUUGUAUUUGGAUCUCAGGUUGCAUGAAUGUGAUAUUUAUUUUCUUUACUUCUUCAAUGGUUUAACCAAGGAAAUAUUUUUUGACUAUUGUGAAAGAAACUGAGACAAGAUAUCUCCACUUUUCUUGAAGUAGGCCAAGUGAAAAAGAAAAAAAAAUGUUGAUAUGCCUGUACCUCCAUCUGACCUUAAAAAAAGAUUUCCGAUUGAUUGUAAAGCAGAUAUCACUUAUAUGAUAUCUAGUUUUGUUACUUAACCCACUCAUUCUGGGUUGAGAUACUAUGAUGUCCUAUCACUGCAUGGUAGACUAUCUCUCAUACCGGGAUCAUGUCUUUGUGUUGUGUACUGUUGAGUCUUUUCUAAGUUAUGGACAUUAAACAGAUUUGUACUUUUUUAGCCUAGGUUGCAUUUAUUGAGGAGAAAUAUCCCUUCAAAAGUAGGGUUAAAGCCUCAUUAUUAAAAAAACGUUGCAGUUAAAAGCAUAGAAAGCUGGGUAAUUUUGUUUCCUGUUUCUGAUUUUGCGUUUGAGUAGCUGACUCCACAUUACCCUUAUGCAUUAUUCAUUAUGACGCUGAUGGGCUCCCUUUGUCUUUGGGUUAAAAGCAGGAGACCGAAAAUGCUACUUUACUUAGCUAAAUUUAGGUAUUCAUGUAUCUAUUAUUUUGGAGAAGUAAACAUAUUAGACUGAGAUAACAGCUGAUAAGAAGAAAGACAGAAACGGAAAUACAGUCUAUUUCUUUUUACCAAUUUUUUUUGUGUGUGUGAUUCCUGUGAUGUAUGCUGAAGUAAUUCAGCUUUGGACUUUGUUUAAGGCUGGCUAAAGCUUUACUUUUUUACAUGUAUUUUUCUGUAAUUACAUGGCUUUAUGGUUCUUGAUGUCUUUGCUUUUCAAAAAUCAGUUCAUUAAACUUGAAAGUAAGGAACACUUUAUACCAAUUCCUUUCCAUUUAUACUGUUCUGUAAUGUUUCAGAUAUCCCACAGGAUUUUGGAACUGGUCUCACUUAACAAAAUUAGAUUUUCUUAACUGUCACCUAGUUGUGUGCUGAAGAAUUGAGAUGAAGCUGAUAAAACUCUUUUUUUUGUUGUUGCCUUACUUAAUUCUCUAAUUCUUUAUUUUUCUCAAGGUAAAGGGUAAGUUGGAUAACCCAAAAUAGCUGUACAUAAUCAUUGUUUUAGUUACAGAAUGGGAUAUUACUCUUUAUUUUGACAAGUUAAUUUUUUAUCUAAAUGAAAAAAAUGAUCGAGCACUAAUUUGUAUUUACUUCUUUAUUUAAUCAAAUAUUGGAAUUAGGAGUUUUACUUUGAUGUUUUGAGAGGAAGCAAAAAAGGUGCUGUUCUACAAAGGUGUUUUCUUCAAACACUUGCUGUAGUAUAUCUUAUUAAGAAUGAACUUUAUUUAUGUGGUUUGUAAAGGUGAUUUUGUAAAUAAAGUAAUAAAAAAAUAAA